GCCAACGUCUGCAUGGACCCCUCCUGCACCCAGGCCACCCGGGUGGAGAGCUUUGCCAACGGCCUGUGCUUCAGCCACCGGCCCCUGGAGCCCGGGCAGAUCUUCCUGGUGGAAAUCGAGGAGAAGGAGCUGGGGUGGUGCGGCCACCUGCGGGUGGGGCUGACCGCGCACGAUCCGCGCAGCCUGGGCGUGGUGCCCGAGUACUCGCUCCCGGAUCUGGUCAACAUGGGGGACAGCUGGGUCUUCGCCAUUACCCGCAGCCACAACCGCGUCACUGAGGAGCGGGCGGCGGCCAGAGUGCGGGGCUUCCUCUCUGGCCCCUACCUGAUCAUCGAGCAAGUCCGGAUUCCCCGGGACAAGCUGGUGGGCCGAAGCAGGCCUGGCCGGUACAGCCACAUCCUGGAUGACCUGUACAAAUCGAACGUGCUCCCGGCCACAGCCCGGAAGAGUCGGAUCGGGGUGCUCUUCACGCUGCAGCCUGAUGGAACAGCCGAUAUGCACAUUGUCAUCAACGGAGAGGACAUGGGGCCCAGUGCCAGGGGCCUCCCUGGCGCCCGCCCCCUCUAUGCCGUGAUCGACAUCUUUGCUUCCACCAAGAGUGUCCGAAUCAUCCAGGUUGAGUAUGGCUUCCCCUCCUUGCAGACGCUCUGCCGCAUGGCCAUCCAGAAGCACAUCAUCCAUCGGCUGGCGAUCGAUGGGCUCAAUCUCCCGCCGGUGCUGAAGAACUUUUGCAAAUAUGAAUGAAGCACCAAGGCUUCUGCAUACGCAUGACACUCACACUUCACCUGCCCAACUGGUGUUUCUGGGUGGGUAUGAUUCAGCAAACGCGUAGGAAGAAGCCGACUCUCCUGACACCCUGCUCUGCCAGCAGCAACUCCUGCUGCAAGCAACAGGAAGCAUCAGUUGGAGGCGCUCCCAAAUGAACACGGAUAACCUUUCGUGCCACAAAGGCAACCCGGAGGGUGCUGUGGUGGAAGUGCCCCACUGUGGAGAAGGCGAGAGUUGCCUACAUACAAAUCUGGAUCAACUCCAGGAUCAAGUGGCGUUAUGGCAGUUCAAUAAAAACAGCCUUAA